UUUUAAAAUUACAACUCCUCGUUGACCUCCCUUCUUCUUCUUCUACCUCCAACACAGGAGAGCUUCAAUCGAUGAGAUCAGUGCAGAUAAAAGUAGAAGAAAAACGAUGAGGAGACUUCUCAUCAAGAAGAAUCCAGUGUUCUUCCUUUUUCUCCUCAUCACUACUUCUUCCUUGACUAUUCUCAUCUUCUCUUUACUUCGAUUACCGGAAUCACCUCCGAUCAUCUUCACCGGGAAACUUAGAGCCGAUCUCUCCGACGAACUUGGAUUCUUCGGGAAUAUGAUGGUCGAAAUGCUCCCCGAAGAUCUGGUUUUCACUGCCUUCGUACCCUCAGAGAACGCAUUCAAUCGAGAUCUGGGGAUGACGAAACCCAACAACACAAGGGAAUCAAAACCACUUGAAGACGAAGAAAACACAUACGCCGUCGUAUCGAGGAUCUUGGGUUUCGCUGUGGUUCCGUAUAGAGUGGAUGAAGUAGACAUAGGGAAAGACGAAACGGCGUCGUAUGAGUCGUUGAGUGGUUUCACAUUGAAGAUUUGGAGGAAGAGUAGAAAUAGUGGUGGGCUUGUGGUGAAUGGCGUGGAGACGGAGAAGAUGGGGUUGAAGAGAGGGAAGAUAAUGGUUCAUAUCAUGGAUGGUGUGAUAAUGGAUUCUGAUUUCGCACAGUCCGUUGCUUCUUCUGAUACUACUCCACAAGAUGAAGAAGAACCUGAGCCAUAGAGACGAGUAAGCAAGUAUAGAAACAAUCCAUUGGAAUUUGUUGCUAAAAUAGGAAAGGAUACACAAUUUGUUUAGACCUGUUAUGAUCUGAAAAAAGAAACUUGUAUUGACAAUAGACAGUGACGUUUUAAUC